AUCUGCGUAAUCAUAACCAUUCGAAGAGCGAAAAUUUAUCAAAGCUCAGCAAUCGAGUGAUGUGAGUGUGGUGCAGUGUGAGGGUCAUCGAGUUUUUCUUUUGCUGUGCUGUAAUUUUGUUUCGAUGAUUGGUGGCCCUUAGAACCUUCAAAUAAAUUAAGUGUACUUGCACCAAAUCUUUCCUAUUGGUUUAGCUUAGGGUCUCUGCGUGUGAGUACAGUUUCAAGUUUAUCUCGCAUAACAAAGUUUGAUGCUGAAAUCUUUUGCGCGGGGGAUCAUUGUAGCAAGAGUUGUGAUGAAAAGUAGUUUUCAUUUGUGGAGGAGGUUCAGCAGUGGAGAGUUUAAUCACAAAAUCACACCCUGCUCGUGCUGUCGUGGGAGGAUUGCGUCAACAGUGGAACAUACAAAAUUGCGCGGCUACUUAUUUACUUUAUUUUUCAAGUGAAUCGAUCGAAAUAACAAUCAUUGGCAACAGUAGCAAACGAUAGUGAAGUGCCAGUUAUGGUGCGGUGAUGAGUUGAUAAAUAAUAACGAACAAGAUGAGAUUUUUUUCGGUAAAAGGUGAACGAAUUCGAUGGAAUUCCUUGAAAGACACGUAGUUGUUGGUUCCUGAAAAAAGAAGGUCAAGCUGAGUUCAAGAAACAUCAACUUGUACUCGGCUGUGAGGUCCUUGAAUUAAGAUAAAAACAGCAAAGGUAGUGCUACGAAAAGUAACUAGUGCGAGGGAAUGCUUCCCUUUUGUCAUUGUUUUGUUGUUGUAAAUGUCUCAUCAGCUACGGUUUCCGCGACUGCUAUCGAGCGGAUGUCUGUCACUGUUGCAACGGAAGCGAUUAGGUGUAACUAGGAGGCCAGGGUGGAAAACACCAUCUUGUAUGUUUAUUCACACCGAAGAAAGGAAAGCCAGUUGAAAUUGAAAGCUGUAUCAUUCGGAGCGAUCAGAGUGGAAUAGAAAGAACUCGACAAAGAUCAUCGUGCUGUGAAGUGAAUAGGGGCAUUUAGCUAGCAGAAAGGGGCAAAAUUCCGAACAAUGGCUGAUUUUGAUGCGAUCUACGAAGAACAGGAAUUGGCUGAAUCGGAGGAAGUGGAAGAGGCUCAUGUGCAGUUGGUGCCAGAUCCAAUUGUCAUACGGGGAGCAGGCAAUAUGACAGUUUUCGGUUUGAGCAACCGGUUCAACGUGCAAUUCCCAGCCGGUCUGGUUUCGCGCGUCGCCCCGGAGGAAUUCAAGGCGACUAUCCUGCGCAUCAACGCCGUCCUGAAAAAGACACUUCCGGUUAACGUGAAGUGGCUGUUCUGCGGUUGCGUGUGCUGCUGCUGCACACUUGGAUGUUCCCUAUGGCCUGUGAUAUGUUUAAGUAAACGAACUCAGCACACAUUGAACAAACUGCUCGAGUGGGAAAAUAGUCAUUUGUAUCAUAAGCUCGGGCUGCACUGGCGGCUCAGCAAACAACAGUGCGAUUCAAACUCGAUGAUGGAGUACGUGCUGUUGAUAGAGUUUAUACCGAAGACGCCCAUCUAUCGUCCGGAUUAGAGCGUUGUUUGUUCUGGACGUCCUGACUAAUUUUGGUCUCUAUAAAUAUAAUUAUUAACAUUACUAGUUAAAAUACAUGAUUGUAUUAUGGAUGUUUUUUUCGAGAACAAAUGGAUGGCGAACUUGCCAGUAGACUGUUUAACUGAAAGGAAAAACUUUCUUAUCGAUAAAAUUCAGUUCCUUUGAUGAGAAGUAGAUUAAAGGUUGGUGCUGAAUCAAAUAGAAAAAAUGAAACAAACAAGAGUCGAGUUCAAGAGAGUUAGCUUAGUUUUGAAGCUAGAAAAAUAUUAUUUAGCGAGUUUGAUCUUGCGUAUUAAAGCAAAAAGAAAUAUCUGAGAAGUAAUUGUUCUUUGCUUGUCAAAGAUGUUUAUUGUUUUUGUACACUUGCCGUCAGAGUUAUAUAGAAAAUUGUGAACCGUACUUCCGAAACAGAGAUUACAGUAGAUGGAAGUGGAAUUUUGGAACAGGGAAACAUGUUCGAAUAUGUUUGGCUAUGGCGAUGAAUGCAGAGGUAGAAUGAAAUAUAAUUGACUAACAAUAACCACUCAAGUGAUCUUAGACCCGCAACAGAAAAAUGGUGAGUUAAAAUUAAAGAUACUGAACAAAGGCUUUAUUAGAAAUCAAUCGUAAAGCAACAGGAAGAAUAAAUUCAUCCGAACGCGAGGAGUAGUUGUAUAGUGUAUAGAGAUUUGUUUAGCAUGUAAGGCGAAUUCAACAAUAAAAAUGGAAAGCAACUAUUUCAAAGA